AUGGAUACCGGCGGGGGGAGGGGUGUGGCUUAGAGGAAGCGGAAGUGUCAGAGCAGGCGGAAGUGGUUGAGCCCUGAAUAGCCGAGCAUUGAGAGGAGGACGCCUCCAUAAACCUUCGCCUUUCACAGCACGACAUCGAGAAGUCUAAAACCUUCCAAAUCCACAAGAUGGAGAGGGCCGAUCUGGUGCAGAAAGCUAAGCUGGCCGAGCAGGCCGAGCGCUAUGACGACAUGGCGGCCGCCAUGAAGCAAGUGACGGAGCAGAACAAAGAUCUGAUCAACGAGGAGCGCAACCUGCUCUCUGUGGCCUACAAGAAUGUGGUGGGAGCCCGCCGCUCGUCCUGGCGCGUCAUCUCCAGCAUUGAGCAGAAGAGCGAGGGCAACGACAAAAAGCAACAGAUGGCCCGUGACUACCGUGUGAAGAUCGAGUCAGAACUUAAAGAAAUCUGCCAUGACGUGCUGAGUCUGCUGGACAAAUAUUUGAUCGCCAACGCCAGCCUGCCAGAGAGCAAGGUGUUCUACCUUAAAAUGAAAGGAGACUACUACAGAUACCUGUCAGAGGUGGCGUCUGGCGAUUCCAAGAAGGAAACGGUGGGGCAUUCUGAGGAAGCCUAUCACAGCGCCUUCGAAAUCAGCAAGACCGACAUGCAGUCCACGCACCCCAUCCGACUGGGCCUGGCCCUUAACUUCUCAGUCUUCUACUACGAAAUCCUCAACUCGCCAGACAAGGCAUGCGGUCUGGCCAAGCAGGCGUUUGACGAGGCCAUUGCCGAGCUCGACAGCUUGAACGAGGAGUCGUACAAAGACAGCACGCUGAUCAUGCAGCUACUACGGGACAACCUGACUCUGUGGACAUCAGAAAACCAGGGAGACGAGGUAGAGGCCGGCGAAGGGGAGAACUAGUGCGCACUCAACGGUUCAAAUACCCCCAGCCCCCUUUUUCUCUCUCUUCAUGCACACAAAUGUUCAUUCCCUCUUCAAGCUUCUUUGCUUUCUUCUGUAUAAGCAGCAGCAUGAAUUGUACACCUCCACUCUCCCUACUACAUGGCACUCCAUGUCCAGCCCGCCCACUAGAACCUUCUGGCCCGUCCUGUCUCACUAGGAGGUUUUUUUUUUUAAAAAAAAACAAACAAAAAAAAUCAAUGAUAUAAUUUUCUCAAUCUUUCCUCUUUCCUAACUCCACCGACCCACCCAAGCGAGCUCCUUCUCCUUCCUGUUUCUUGGCUUCUUAGUCCCGCCCACUGGCUGCUUUUAUUCCACUUUAAUCCAAACAAGACAAAAGGUUAUUAAACUGUGUGUUUAUUUUCAACAAA